AUAAAAGAUAGUAUUAAUUUGAAGAAAAAGGAAACAGUAAUAGCUAAAUAGAUGUAAAAUCCUAUUUAAUCAGACAGACACCCUGGUAUCGAUUUUCCGAGUGGAGUCUGGGUCAUAGUCUUCCUUCAAACCAACAUGGUGCUUCCAUUAUCGCUUCUUCGAACGGCUCAAAACCACCCUAUGCUGGUGGAACUAAAAAAUGGUGAGACGUACAACGGCCAUCUUGUUAGCUGUGAUACAUGGAUGAACAUCAACCUGAGAGAGGUCAUUUGUACAUCAAGGGAUGGUGAUAAGUUCUGGAAGAUCCCAGAGUGUUAUGUCCGUGGUAGUAAUAUAAAGUAUUUGAGGAUUCCAGAUGAGGUAAUAGACAUGGUCAAAGAGGAAGUCAAGCAGCAAGGGCGUGGCCGAGGAGGGGGCAGAGGUGGAGGGCGUGGUGGACGAGGUGGUGGAGGUGGUGGAGGGGGACCUGGAAGAGGAGGUCGUGGAGGGGGUGGGGGACGGGGUGGUGCUGGUGGGCGUGGCAAGAGGGGUGACCCAGCUGGUCGAUAGCUGUAAUGUACAUGUAAAAACAGUGAGAAAUCAAUAAUAGGGACUUGAAUCAAGAGCUAUCGAAUCUAUCUUCAGCCCAUAUAUGUUUAGUGUUGGAAAAAGUUAGGAAAUUAUUUUUAGGUAACUACUAUUUAUGUUUAGAAGAAUCCAGGUAUAUGUUAUACAUAGUCAUUUCAAGUUAAAUUUAUUAGAUGGAACAACACUCAAAACUGUUCUUGAAGUUACUUAUGGCAUUUGUACAUUUUACACUUCUCAUAAAUUUUCUUGUCUAGUCUUUCCCACAUGUUGUCGUAACUUUUUGUAAUAAAGGCUUCUUUUUAAGACUUUCUGUGCAGCAAAGUGAAAACUAUUGUAAAAUACAACAGCCAGAAAAGCAUUAGAGCAUUUGCAUAAUAAAUAAACAAUGUUAAAUUCCAAA